AUGGGUGCCGAGGAUGACGCCAAGUGGCUGGAGUGGGUCACCCGCCAGUUCGAGGCCAUCGCGGGAGAAGACAAACAGAUUGACCUGGAAGAGUUCAAAAUGGCCCUGAAAGUCAAAGAGUCCUUCUUCGCAGAACGGUUCUUUGCGCUGUUUGACUCGGACGGGAGUGGGACCAUCACGCUGGACGAGCUGCUGGAAUCCCUGAAUCUCCUCAUCCACGGGAGCCCGAUGGACAAGCUCAGAUUCCUCUUCCGGGUCUACGAUGUCGACGGGAGCGGCUCCAUUGACCCUGACGAGCUGCAGACGGUCCUGCGGUCCUGCCUGAGGGAGAGUGAGAUCUCACUGCCUGAGGACAAGCUGGACGACCUGACCCUGGCUCUCUUCGAGUCGGCAGACCGGGACCAAAGCGGCUCCAUUACCUUCGAGGAGCUCAGGGGCGAGCUGGAGAACAUCCCGGAGGUCAUGGAGAACCUCACCAUCAGUGCGGCCCACUGGCUGAAGCCCCCCACCUCCAGGAAACAGCGGCAGUCCCGGCCCCGCCUCUUGACCCCAGCCUACUGGCACAAUAACCGAGGCACGCUCUUCAUCCUGGCGUGCUACGUGGGCCUGAACGUCACCCUCUUCACCCUGGCAGCUCUGGCACAUGCGGGCCAUGGGGCCAGCAUCAUGGUGGCCAAGGGCUGCGGCCAGUGUCUCAAUUUCAACUGCACCUUCACUGUGGUGCUGAUGCUGCGGCGUUGCCUGACAUGGCUGCGUACCACCCGGCUGGCUAGGGUCUUCCCGCUGGACCAGAACGUGGAGUUCCACCAGCUGGUGGGCUACGUGGUGGCUGGCCUCUCCCUGGUGCACACUGCCGCCCACCUGAUAAAUUUCGUGGCCCUGAGUGGGCACGGGCCCUUCCGGCUGUGGGAGUACCUGCUGACCACGCGGCCCGGCAUCGGCUGGGUCCACGGCUCUGCCGCCCUCACUGGCAUCAUCUUGCAACUGCUCGUCGUCGUCAUGCUCGUGUGCUCCAGCUCCUUCGUCCGUCAGAGCGGCCGCUUCGAGGUGUUCUACUGGACUCACCUUUCUUACGUGGGCAUCUGGGCACUGCUCAUCAUGCAUGGCCCCAACUUCUGGAAAUGGUUCCUCGGCCCCGGGGCGCUCUUCCUCCUGGAGAAGCUCGUGGGGCUUCUGGUAUCCCACCGGGCCAGCUUCAGCAUUGUGGAAGUCCACCUCCUCUCCUCCAAGGUGACUCACCUGGUGAUUAAGAGGCCCCCGUUUUUCCACUACAAGCCCGGCGACUACGUGUAUGUGAACAUUCCUGUGAUCGCCAAAUAUGAGUGGCACCCCUUCACGCUGAGCAGCGCCCCGGAGCAGCUAGACACCAUGUGGAUCCAUGUCCGGUCUCAGGGCCAGUGGACCAACAGACUGUACGAAUACUUCAGGGGAUCCAAGCCCUGCGGCCUGGAGCCCAAGAGGCUGACUUCCAGCCUACGGCUCAGGAGGAGCCAGAGAGCCGCCCGGCAUCCAGCACCUUUGAGUGAAAAUCACCAGUUCUGUAACGUCAAGUGCUAUGUGGACGGCCCCUACGGGACCCCGACCCGCCGGAUCUUCACCUCGGAGCAUGCGGUCCUGAUCGGAGCUGGCAUUGGCAUCACCCCGUUUGCCUCCAUCCUGCAGAGCAUCAUGUACAGGUACCAAAUGAGGAAGGAAAAUUGUCCCAACUGCAAGUUCUCAUGGUGUGAAACUGUCAGGGAUGACGAGAUGAAGCUGCGGAAGGUGGACUUCAUCUGGAUCAAUCGAGACCAGAAGUCUUUCGAGUGGUUUGUGAGCUUGCUGACCAAACUGGAGAUGGAUCAGGGGCAGAACCAGGCAGCCGGUAAUUUUUUGGAGCUACACCUGUAUAUGACGUCAGCGCUGGGGAAGAACGACAUGAAGGCCAUUGGAUUGCAGAUGGCGCUUGACCUCCUGGCUAAGAAAGAGAAGAAAGAUUCCAUCACUGGGUUGCAAGCCCGUACCCAGCCGGGGCGUCCAGACUGGAGCCAGGUGUUUCAGAAGGUGGCAGCGGAGAACAAGGGGAAGGUCCAAGUGUUCUUCUGUGGCUCCCCUGCGCUGGCCAAGGUGAUCAAAGCACAAUGCGAACAACUCAACUUCAAGUUCUUCAAGGAGAACUUCUAG